UGUGAUGUUGCCACAAGUGUUGCUGCUGCUGCUGAGUUGCCUGCUGCUCAAUUCGAGCCUUGCCGGGCGUCCCGCUCAGCGUUAUUUGCCUUCGAAUCAAUAUUUAGCUCCUCAGCAAUCGUCGCAGCUGCAUUAUCAUGGCGUCAGCAGCGGCGCUGGACACGCCGCCGCUCAUGCCGCUCCACGUGGCUUUGCUGCUGCUGCUGGCUCCUCUGGAGCUGGACGCCAUUCGGGGCAACAUAUUCCCAUUGUGCGUAGCGAUUAUCAAAGCGACACCAGCGGCAAUUAUAAUUUUGGCUUCGAUACGGGCAAUGGAAUUCAUCGCGAUGAGACUGGCGAGUUCAAAGGCGGUUGGCCUCAUGGCUCGUUGGGCGUGCGUGGCUCCUAUUCCUACACUGGCGAUGAUGGCCAACAAUACACGGUGAACUACAAGGCGGACAAGAACGGAUUCCAUGCCGAGGGCGCACAUUUGCCCACCUCGCCCAUCGACCAUCAUCAUCAGCAUCGCAGUGGAGCUGCUGCUGGCGCUGGUGGAUAUCAUGGUGGUGCUGGCGGUGCUGGCGCCUAUCAUGCUCCAGCUCAGGCUCAGCCUGCUGCACGUUAUCUGCCCCCCGCCUAUCGCCAGCGUAGACACUACUAAGUUCACUUGCCACAUGCCACAAGCUAAACUGCAAGCUUUAUG